CUUAUUUGUUGUGUAUUUGUUUAAAAUUAAAAAGCAUGAAUUUUAAAAUGCUUUGAACGUUUUAGACCAUUUAUGUACCAAUUUUAGACAUCGACAGCUGAAACUAUAUCAAAUGGUGCAUAAGAAAUGCCAAUAAAUUAAAUAGAUGUGCAAUAAAUCCAAUGGAUACAAGUUGAAUAUUCUAUGUGUACACACAUAUAAAAAACAUAUGCAUAUAUAAGCCAUGCAUUUAGCCAACAGUUUAAUACAAAAUGUGAGACAAAGUAAAGUCAGGAUGAGCAAGUGCAAAGGCUUAAGUAUGUUGCAUCCAAAGGAACAAAUUUUAAACUGUCUGACAUACACGCUUCUGGCAAUAGUCGCGUUCUGUGCAAUAUUGUUGCUAAGCGACAUCUCGAGUCAACGAGAAAGAUUCUUCUACUCGAAGCGAGAAUCAGUGGCACUGGAUUUAUCCUUAUCGCAUACCCAGGAGGUAUUGUUGCGCUCAGAUCCCGAGUAUCGCGGUCGCAACGUCAACUGCACGUUUUGGGAUUGCCUAAACAUUUAUAAAUGCGAGCAUGACACACUCAAGGUGUAUAUUUAUCCCUUGCAAGAGUUUCUGGACGAGAAGAGCGACAAAGUGGCCAGCACAUUGUCCAGUGAGUACUUUCAAAUAUUGGAGGCAGUGCUCAACAGUCGCUACUACACCUCGAAUCCAAAUGAGGCCUGUCUCUUCUUGCCAAGCUUGGAUCUGUUGAAUCAGGAUGGGUUUGACAAACAUUUGGCUGGACCAGCUCUGGCUUCGCUUAACUUCUGGGACAGCGGCGAGAAUCAUCUGAUCUUCAACAUGCUGCCAGGCAGUGCACCCACAUACAACACUAUACUGGAUGUCAACAUUGAUAAUGCCAUUGUUUUGGGCGGUGGAUUCGACAGCUGGACAUAUCGACCGGGUUUCGAUGUAUCCAUACCAGUGUGGAGUCCAUUACUGCAGCAAGCAAAUACAGUUGCAGCCGGUGUUCAUGCCGCAGUUCAUCGCAAGUACUUAUUAGUUGUCGCCCAAUUAAAUCUUCUGCCACAACACGCUCGUAAUUUCCGGGAACUCUUUCGGAAUGCCAACAACGCCGAGCGGAUGCUUCUGCUUGGACCCUGUGACAACAAUGAUCUAACCGCUCGUUGCAACCAAAUGCAUCAUCAGAAGCGUUGGGAGUACCCACGUGUACUUGGUCGAGGCAAGUUCUGCUUUGUUGGCCGCAGUCUGCGAAUCGGACAACCCGAUCUUUUGGAGAUUAUGUCCCAAAACUGUAUUCCCGUGUUGGCCAUUGACAACUAUGUGCUGCCCUUUGAAGAUGUUAUUGAUUGGUCCCAGGCUCUAGUGCGUGUUCGCGAGUCGGAGAUGCAUUCGGUGAUUCGCAAGCUGGAGUCCAUUUCCAAUGUCAAGAUCGUCGAGAUGCAGAAGCAAGUGCAAUUCCUCUACAGCAAUUAUUUCAAGGACCUGAAGAGCAUAACGAUUACGGCUCUUGAGAUACUCGAAAGUCGCAUAUUUCCCCUACGGGCUCGCAGCAGUAGAAAAUGGAAUGCCAUUAGCAAGAAUAGCAGAUCCACAUUUAAUCCAUUGUUUCUUACUUCUCUGGCACCAAAAUCCCAAGGAUUUACUGCUGUUAUAUUGACAUACGAUCGCGUGGAAAGUCUUUUCCUUUUGAUACAGAAACUGUCCGUUGUGCCGUCGCUUCAAAGUAUUUUGGUUAUUUGGAAUAAUCAGAGGAAAGCACCACCACAUUUAUCUACAUUCCCGACCAUAUCCAAGCCACUGAAGAUAAUACAAACAAGGGAAAAUAAGCUAUCCAAUAGAUUUUAUCCCUAUCCGGAAAUCGAAACUGAAGCAAUAUUAACUAUAGACGAUGACAUCAUAAUGUUAACCAGCGAUGAGCUCGACUUUGGUUACGAAGUGUGGCGAGAGUUUCCGGAUCAUAUUGUUGGGUUUCCCAGUCGCAUUCAUGUCUGGGAUAAUGCAACCAUGCGCUGGCAUUACGAAUCCGAAUGGACAAAUCAAAUCUCGAUGGUUCUUACUGGCGCUGCAUUUCAUCACAAGUACUGGAGUCAUAUGUAUACAUAUGCAAUGCCAGGCGACAUCAAACACUGGGUCGAUGAUCACAUGAACUGUGAGGAUAUUGCCAUGAAUUUUCUGGUUGCGAACAUCACAAACAAUCCGCCAAUCAAGGUGACGCCACGGAAAAAGUUCAAGUGCCCGGAGUGCACAAAUACCGAAAUGUUAUCGGCGGACUUGAAUCAUAUGCGGGAACGUUCCGCUUGUAUUGAUCGAUUCUCAAAGAUCUACGGAAGAAUGCCUCUACGCACAGUUGAGUUCAGAGCGGAUCCAGUUCUGUUUAGAGAUAAUUUCCCAGAUAAAUUAAAGCGUUACAAUGAUAUUGGCAGCUUGUAAGACCAUCAUGAGAUAAAUAUUUAGCGAAAUAGUUGCAAUUACCAAAUUACGAUCAAGUUAUUCUCAUUAGAUGACAAAUAUGUUUAUAUACAUAACCAUAUAUAAUAAUUUAUAGAAAUAUCCAAAGUGAUUAGAUUAGAAAUGAUGUCAUACUUAAUAAACCUAAGUUACCCAUGAAAAA